CGUCUUGGGGCAUAGUACUAUAGGCUAUGUGUGUGGUAAGAAUUAGCAGUGGGAUGGGACUUAGUAAGUACGUGGUGGUGUGUACAUGUGUCUACCACAUACACACCUAACAUGUAAAUGUCUACCCCUGAUCUAUGAUUUAUUAAUAAGACACUGGGUGCGUCACAAUACUCUCUCCUUCCUCCUGAAGUGUGCACUUGUUCACUUCCCUUCAUGGAUUUCAUUGGUGGACACUCCCUUGAAUUUAUCCAUACACAAAUCUGAUGCUUUUACAAUUGUGGGGAAGAGUGAGCUAGUGCUUCCUAGUAGGAGGAGCUAGAGGUUGUUGGGACACACCCACUGUCUUUACAAUGAGCUGAAAGAUAUUAUUUUGGUGGAUAGGAGGUCGUCUAUUGGAACACUCAAAUUGCCAUCCAACCCAAUGUUAUGUGUGUGUUGUUGUGUUGUCAAGUCUUGCUUGUCUGUGUCUAUUCCCACAUAUUUGUGUUUGUAAUUGUGCUUCAUCCUGUGUUGUAUAUGAUAGAUGUUUCGCUGUGUGUAGUAGGAUGGCAGUGGUAAGAAUUCAUGAUGUAGUUUAAAUGUUCUGUACACUUUGUUUCAGACUAUCCGCGUAGUCACGUUCUACAGCAGGCCUACUCUACGUUCUGACACUGAGCUAAAUGCAUUACAGCUGGAUGUGUUAAUUGGUGGAACGGCCACGUCCGUUUGCGGAGAAAUGACUGACAACAGCCGACACGUUGUUAUGUUGUGCGACAGAACUGCAGCGUUAUGUACUGCAAAUAGUUUGACCUCGAUGCCGCUGCCCCAGUGCUCUCCACCUUGCUUCCCCAGUGCUCUCCACCUUGCUUCCCCAGUGCUCUCCACCUUGCUUCCCCAGUGCUCUCCACCUUGCUUCUCCAGUGCUCUCCACCUUGCUUCCCCAGUGCUCUCCACCUUGCUUCUCCAGUGCUCUCCACCUUGCUUCUCCAGUGCUCUCCACCUUGCUUCCCCAGUGCUCUCCACCUUGCUUCUCCAGUGCUCUCCACCUUGCUUCUCCAGUGCUCUCCACCUUGCUUCCCCAGUGCUCUCCACCUUGCUUCUCCAGUGCUCUCCACCUUGCUUCUCCAGUGCUCUCCACCUUGCUUCUCCAGUGCUCUCCACCUUGCUUCCCAGUGCUCUCCACCUUGCUUCGUCAAACAAAACAAAAUCAAUAACAACGGCCGUGGGGCAGACAGUGGCGCCGCUUCCCCAGUGCUCUCCACCUUGCUUCCCCAGUGCUCUCCACCUUGCUUCCCCAGUGCUCUCCACCUUGCUUCCACAGUGCUCUCCACCUUGCUUCGUCAAACAAAACAAAAUCAAUAACAACGACCGUGGGGCAGACAGUGGCGCCGCUUCCCAGUGCUCUCCACCUUGCUUCGUCAAACAAAACAAAAUCAAUAACAACGGCCGUGGGGCAGACAGUGGCGCCGCUUCCCCAUGCUCUCCACCUUGCUUCGUCAAACAAAACAAAAUCAAUAACAACGGCCGUGGGGCAGACAGUGGCGCCGCUUCCCCAGUGCUCUCCACCUUGCUUCCCCAGUGCUCUCCACCUUGCUUCCCCAGUGCUCUCCACCUUGCUUCCACAGUGCUCUCCACCUUACUUCGUCAAACAAAACAAAUUCAAUAACAACGGCCGUGGGGCAGACAGUGGCGCCGCUUCCCCAGUGCUCUCCACCUUGCUUCCCCAGUGCUCUCCACCUUGCUUCCCCAGUGCUUUCCACCUUGCUUCCACAGUGCUCUCCACCUUGCUUCGUCAAACAAAACAAAAUCAAUAACAACGACCGUGGGGCAGACAGUGGCGCCGCUUCCCAAUGCUCUCCACCUUGCUUCGUCAAACAAAACAAAAUCAAUAACGACGACCGUGGGGCAGACAGUGGCGCCGCUUCCCAAUGCUCUCCACCUUGCUUCGUCAAACAAAACAAAAUCAAUAACAACGGCCGUGGGGCCGACAGUGGCGCUGUUUCCCCCUACUGCGGAUUCCAUCUGUAGAUCUUAACGUCACGUCGAGGAUAGCCUGAAACAAAACCACUCAAAUUGUGUUGUUGUUGACUGAUGCUUUGUAUGGAAGCAGAUUCAUGCCAAAAAAAACAAAUAAAAAAUGUGUUUUUGAGCAUGAAUGUGCUUCCAUAGUUCUGUGGCCUUGUUGUAACUAUAGAAAGAUUAAAUUUCUAUGGUUGUAACUAUGUUAUACCUAUGUUAUACCUAUGUUGUAACUAUGUUGUAACUACCUUCAUAAUGAUUCCUUUUCCUGUUCUAUCUUUUUACAUGCUUUCUUUAAAAACCAACCUCUCUGCUUUGUUGGCGUCCUACGCCCCCACUACUACUUCCUACUUAUGAUCCAUCCAAUCGAAAUGCACUAUGAAUCCCCUCCCAUGUUGUCCCAUGCAAUCCAUGACGCCGACUGUGUGGUGUGCUGUUGUGUGAUGGUGUGCUGUUGCCAUGCCCCCCAAAAAACACCAAACCACCACCAAACCACCACCAACUCCUCUCGCUGACACUCACUGUAUCCAUCCUGCUCCUUCCAUCCUUCUACAUCUACCUGCCAC